CUUCUGGUGGGGUGGACCUUUCCUUGGCUUCUUCAAAGCCAGUGACUUCCAACACACCCGAGAGAAAAACGAGAGACAUUCUACAUGACCUAGAAGAAAUCCAGAAGAAAUUACAGAAAAACUUCAUGUGGAAAGAGGCCUUUGAAGAACAGCCGCAGGUGGAAGUCCAGGAAGCUCCCUAUUCCUCUUCAUGUCCGCUGCCUAACCAGAGCCACCCAGCCCCCAAGAGGGCCUCCCGGUUUGCUCAGUGGGCCAUCUGUCCGACCUUUGACCUUCGCAGCCACUCCUAUACCCUGGAGGUGUCCAAGGAUGGCCGGGCCGUGACUGUAUCUCGCUGUCCACAGACCCAUCUUGGGAGUCAUGAGAGGUUUGUGACCUGCCAGGCCUUAUGUUCCCAGGCCUUUUCUUCUGGACAGCAGUACUGGGAAGUGGACACUCAGCAUUGCAGCUACUGGGCAGUUGGGGUGGCUUCCUGGGGGAUGAAGCGGACCCAGAUCCUGGGAAGGACCAGGGACUCCUACUGUGUAGAGUGGAAGGGGACUAGCCAGCUCUCUGCAUGGCACAUGGUCAAGGAGACUGUCCUCGGCUCAGACAGACCUAAGGUGGUGGGCAUCUGGCUGGACCUGCAGGAGGGGAACCUUGCCUUCUAUUCAGUGGCUGAUCAGGAGACGCUUCUGUAUGAGUGCCCGGUCUCAGCCUCCUCUCCUCUGCACCCCGCCUUCUGGCUCUAUGGCUUAAAUCCUGGAAACUCUCUGACUAUAAGGCCAGUAAGGGUGUAAGGGUUCCCUGGGUGUCAGAACCUGGUGGUUUCCUGGCCUCUCCCUCUGCUUUCAAGCUGGUGGCACCUCGACAAGAGUCCCACUUCCAGAGUUAAUGGGUGCGCCGUAAAGGGCUAACUGCAGGCUUGGGAUGGGCAGACUGCACAUUCCCAAGAGAGCGUGGGCCCUUGACUAGUUGCUGGGAGGCAACCCCUAAGCCCUUGGGGUAUCCUGCCUGAUAAGAGUGUUUGUUUGCUGGAGGGUCUUGGGCCAGGAGGUAUCAGCUUGACCUCUAGAGGGACUGGAGACUAAGGCCUGCCCAUGUGGCCGACCCCCAGGAAAAGCCUGGGCACCAAAGCUUGGGGGAGCUUCCCUGUUUGGCAGUCUCCUUGUACAUUGUCACACAUUGUCACUAGGAGAAUUAAUACUGUUGUGUGACUCCAUGGGGAAGGAGAGUUGGUGUCUCUUUGGCCUGUGUCCCAUGUGCCUUUUUCUCCUGCAGAUUUUAAUCUGUAUCCUUUCACUGUAAUAAACUGUAACCAAGACUACAA